CCUUGAAGAGCUUCUUUAUUUUAUUUUUUUUCUCCAAACAACCUUUCUUCCUCCUCAACGCCACCCACAUGGUUCUUUCCAUCUUCAAAUCGUUCCUAAAUCUUCCAAAACCCAUCGCUACCAUCUCUAUAUUAUCACCUCAUUCUUCUUGGCGUCCCCAUUCAAUCUCCUUUCCUACCACAAACCCAACAUCAAGAAUUGGCAACAAAAUUCAACAAUUUGGGUCAUUAUUUAAUCUUCCCCUUCAAAUUCAAGAAUAUGGGUCGGCUAAAUACAGCACCAACAGUAGCAAUGGAACUAUUGAUACGGGUGCUGGGGGUGGGAGAGAGUAUUUGUUGAUGUCAGAUGAGGAGUUAAUGAGGCAAUGUGAAAUGGACACUUUCAAGUCUUCAGGUCCAGGUGGACAACACCGCAACAAGCGUGAAUCUGCUGUCCGUUUGAAGCAUAACCCUACUGGGAUUGUUGCUCAGGCUGUGGAGGAUAGAUCCCAACACAUGAAUCGUGCCUCUGCUUUAACUCGUUUACGAGUGUUACUAGCUCUUAAAGUUAGGAACAGCAUAGAUCUUGAUACAUAUACACCUCCUCAAGAGCUGCUUCAAAUUCUUCCCGCUAAAUCAACAAUCAGGGGUUCGGAUUGUGGCCCGCAGAUUGGACCAAAGAAUCCUAAGUUUGCUUUGGGAAUGCAAGCUUUACUAGAUCUAAUUUUUGCUGUUGAGGGCUCGGUAGCAGAUGCUGCUAAGAAGUUGGGGUUGAGCACUGGGGCUUUAUCAAGAUUGUUAUUAUCUGAUGAUAAUCUCAGGAUGGCGGUGAACGAGUUCAGAAUAUCCAAGGAUAUGAAGCCUCUGAAAUAGGACUCCUUCGUCGUCCGGUACUAGUUGCUUUUCAUUUCCGUUUGAGAUAUAAAGCUUCAGGAGAUAAUGCUGGUCGCACGGUGGAGACAUGAUUGAAUAAACAAUGUCUGCUUAGUGAUCAUAAUUUUUGUGGAAAUGAAGUGCUUCUGGUGAUUUUGAUAUGCUUGGCAUCAGGUUUGCUGCUGUUGGCAUCCGUGGCUGGAAAAGUGCAGCAAAUUGUCAUUGUAAAUUCUUUUUUCUUCUAGUUUUCAUUUUUUUGAAUUUUAAAAAUAAAAAACAAAAAUGAGAUUCGACGUCUUAUUUUUU